AUGCAAGUGUCCGACGAGCAGCGCACGCUGGGAAUCGUGGUAGCGGUCAUCAUGCUCUGCCUUUCAUGCACCUGCCUGGCGAUUUGCGGUGCAUGCCUGUGCGUCUGCGUACGAGGUGUGCCAGCCAAAUACGUACCUCAGAUCGAGGCGGUCCUCAAGGACCUCGAAUCCCAAGGCUACUUGCCAAGGUUCUCGGAUGAUUCCGCCGAAGGCAGGCGGCAGGAAGGUCAGGACGCAAGCGGUCCGGAGAUCGACGACCUGCCGAAGCUGGAGGAGAUUGAGUGGGGGAAACAUCAGGCGUUGCUGGGCCUGGUGAAGAGCGGGGAGUUCAGAGACUUCGCCUUCUCUUCAGAGCUCUACUCGGAUCUUUUCAAGCUGCUGUCCUUGGCGUGUUCCUGGAGAACGCAGGAGUCACAACCUUAUGUUGUGAAGGUGCAGCAGAUCUUUUGGGGCUUCGUUCGAGCUCCAGAGUUCAACAUCGCAGAAGCCGAAGAGCAGGUGGGUCCUCAGCUGUGUUGGAGCCUGGCCUCACGCACCGAUGGCAGUGCCCAACAGGCGGAAUGGCCCUUCAUCCGGGACAUUUUGCUAUGGCUCUAUGACAAGUUUCCAACAAGGAGACCAGAGCUGCGCCGGGUCAUUGGCAGGAGAAACCUGGACUCGUUUCAGUCGCUGAUGUGGACGCAAUGGCUUCUGCUGUCUUCAAUUGCCAGUGGGACCAAGCCUCACAUAAUUUUCCAUGUCCUCGACGACUGGGGCUACCACGAUAUCGGCUUCCGGAACCCGGAGAUGCGUACACCAACUUUGGACUCUUUUCAUCACGAAGGAAUUACUCUCGACCAGUACUACGUGCUGCCGACAUGCUCCCCCAGCCGAGCCACCUUCCUGACAGGGCGACUUCCCAUUCAUCAUGGUAUCAACUCCAAGUUGAAGUUCGAGAAGAUGGGGCUGCCACUGGACGAGAAGCUGCUGCCUGCGCUCUUGAAGGAGCAGGGCUACAAGACGCAUGCAGUUGGGAAGUGGCAUCUGGGCUUCUAUCGUCCAGCCUACACGCCGACCUUUCGAGGCUUUGACAGCUUCUACGGGUACUACAUGGGGUCGCAGGGCUACUUCACUCACAAGCUUUACACCUACUACGAUUUCCAUCGCCAAGACAAGCCGAACUGUGGCAAGACGUGUUCGCGAGUGGACUGGAAGGCAGCUGGGAUAUACUCGACACGGCUCUUCACAGAGGAAGCAGUGCGGCUCAUCCGCCGUCACAGCGCGUACUAUCCCGGCCAGCCACUUUUCCUGUACCAGGCAUGGCAGAAUGUCCAUUAUCCGGUUGAAGUGCCGCGACGGUUUCUCCCGCAAUUCAGCAACCUGAUCAGUAAUACGACACGGCAGGUCCAUGCCGCCAUGGUCGCCGCUGUUGACGAAGGCAUUGCAAGCAUCAAUGCGGCUUUGAGCAGCGCCGGCAUGUUGGAAAACUCUAUCAUCAUAGUGACCGGGGACAAUGGAGGAGCCAUCGAUGAGUGUCUGCCGAACGGAGCUUCGAACUACCCUCUCAGGGGUGGCAAGUGCAGUGUCUGGGAGGGAGGUGCCCGCUCCACGGCACUGGUCUAUGCACCGGGACGUGUUCCUCAAGGCCUUAUCUUCCCUGGCCUAUUCCAUGCCAGUGACUGGCUGCCCACCAUCAUGGAGGGCCUUCUUGAAGCCGAAGUCAAGGGCACCAAGCCGUUGGACGGUCUCAAUCUAUGGCCCGCCCUGGCUCAGAACGCGUCGUCACCUAGGAGUGACAUCUUCUACGGAAUUGCUGAUCACACCGUUGGAUUCCAUGGCCCAGCUCUGCGAACUGCUGACGGCUGGAAGCUACUGCUGAAUGGCGGAGGUGGCAGUGGCCGAUGGUCGAAUGAGUCAAGGCUGCUUGCGGCUGACAGGAGGACUUCGGAGAAGAUCUACCCUCAGCUUUUCGACCUCAAGAAAGACCCCUCGGAGAGAUUCGACUUGAGCCAAGAGCGACCUGAUAUUAUGGGACGCCUCAGAUACCUCCUCUUCCAUUACGAGCGGUGCUCCCUGAUCGGAGUUGCCGACCGUUCUCUGCACGACACUUGGAAAGAGCCCACGCGGUCCCUGGAUUGGACCAUGGUGCUGAAAUGUCCUGAGAGUGGAGGCCGGCUAGUAGAUUCCCGCUCGGUUAACAACGUGGCCGUCUCUUUUUGCCUGGCCAGCCUGCUGGUGGUGGAGCGGCAUCGCGAACGCCGGCGGCCACUCAAGGCGGCCGUACGCUUCGUCCACAAGUCCGCGCCCAUCGCUCCGCUGCUGCAGGUGCUUGGGCCGAUCAUCCGUGGCUUCCAGCAGCCUCUGGGAGAGGUGCAAAAGAAGCUCCUCUUCGACACGCUGAUACCAUUGCACAAGCCGAACGAGUGGCUGCUGUGGGACAGACAGACUCCUAUGAUCUCGAUGUAUCACAAGGAGCUCGUCCACUGCAUGCUGCUCAUGCUCGAGAGAGAUCCCACACUGGCUGGAAAGUGCGUGGAGGCCGUCUGCUCUCACUUCCCUCCAUCGCAUGAGUCCAACACUCCAAAGGAAGUCUUGCUCAUCCACGAGAUUGCAGAGAUCUUGAAGGUCCUUGAUCCAGAGGAUGCAGAGGUUUGUAUGCCCCAGCUGCAAAGGCACAUCCUGCGAUUGUUGACGUCGCAGAACGGCCAGACUCUGCAGUCAGUGCUGCAGUUGUGGAAGGACGAGCGCGUCUCGAAGCUGUUGGCCAACUUCGCGGAUUCGCUGAUACCGGGCAUGCUGCCUCUUCUCGUGAGGGACGGCGAGGUCUUUUGGAAUCCCACA